AUGUAUGGAGACACGAUGCAUCCAAGCAUUUAUCCAAGUGAAACACAUUCACCAUCUUUGCUCAAUAUCGCCCCUCGUCAUCUCCGCUUAACCUGCAUAUUUAGAAAUAUAUGCAGGGCUGAUUACAAAGCCAUAUCUGAUCAUCUUGUGCCGCUGAGAUGGUGUUCUCAUACGGUCACCUUCCCUGCCCAACAUGACAGAGGUAUCCUUGUGCCGGGAAGGUGGCCACCUUCCACGGUCACCUUCUCUGCCGUCCGUUCACGGUCAGAGUUUCUCCUCUCCCCCCAUCAUUCCAUCGUGACUAACGAGAAGGAGAACAGAAAAGAGCUCUGCUCUUCCUGCCUGCUGCUGACCGUCGGCCAGCCUCCCUCCGGCGCCGCUGCCGCCGCCUCCUCCAACGGUGUGUCUUUCUCUCCCUCGGGAACCGCCGCCAUCAUCGAUCACCGCUGCUACGCACCGCCUCAGCCGAACUCCCGAAAGGACUUAAUCCUACAAUUAUCUGCAACUCUCCCUCCUCGACUCCUUAUGAAUCCUAUGUUGUGUUGGUGUGUGAAGAGAAUGUUUGAUGGUGAUGGGUGCUUGAAAGUGAGAAGACUUAAGGUUUAUAUACUCCCUUGUAUGUUGUUAUCCAACUGGGGGAGGUGUAGCUUGGAGGGGAAGUAUGUAGGAGAUCUUAUGGCCAAAAUGUAUUUUGAGAAUGGAGGGACUAUCUUAGACGUUAAUUAUUCUUUGUUGAAAUCUUUGAUCUAAUGUGGAGAUAAAUCUCCCAUGUUACUCAUAUUUAUAUUUAACUUGGUAAAGUUAAUCUUCAUUGUUAUAUUUGUAUGUCAACUUUUGAGUAUUUUAUGUAUAUCUCCUUGGUUGAUCCUAUGGCUAAGAAGCAUUUUGAAAAUGUGAUGGGAGCAUAUGAGACCUUGAUUCUUCU